AAUAUUCCGCUCACUAUCUCGCUAUCACCUCACGAUUGUUUUCUCACUAACUGUUGAUCAGCCUUUAAAAAGCUUCAAACGAACAACAACCCUCGCUUGCUGUCUAGACUCUACUGUGUAGACAAUCCAGACUUAUUUUUGGUUCCGCCGCCCACGCCGUUGGUUUCUACGGGUUCUUCGCGCACUCCACCCGCUGGUCCGCCGGUUCCACGCUCAAAAAGCUUUUUUGCCUUUUUCCCUUUUUUUCCGGCAAACCCCCCUGACCUUCUCCAGUUUUCUUCUCUUCUUGACGUUUUGUCGUUCCGUUUGUGCCUGGUGGCUGUUGUGUCUCGCAGAUCUGCACCUUUCUCUCCCUCUCCCUGUUUAGAUUAUAGAUCCUUAUCCCGUACAUACUUUUAUCUCCUACUGCAUAUACCCCUAGAGAUCCCCGGUCCUCGCAGCAGGCUGCCUGGACGAUACAAAUGUCGGAACCACAUCGGGAAGGUGCCUCCUAUGAGCUGCUUGACCGCGAGAACAGCUUCGAGGGUCACGAUGCGGUAGCACAUCAUCCCAGUCCGGAGACCAGUCCCUCGUCUCCUACUUUCCCUGAAGAGGCGACCGCUGCGCCUCCUCUCCGCGAUCCCCAGCACGAGACACCAGCCACGAGGCCGACUCGAGUUCGAUUCCGCUCAGUGAGCAACCAUGGUGAGAGCACACCGCAACGGCCGCCUAUGCCCCGCGCAGACUCCGACUAUUCCGUACGCUCCCUUCAGUCUGUCCAUUCGAUGAUGCCACCCACCUCAGAAUCGGCCGAUCUCACGGAGUAUUUCCCUGGUCAAGGCGAGCCCGAACCUGAAGCAGGUGUCCAGCAACCAGCGCACCGACGCGAGUCCCCACCUACCGACGGCGAUACUCCGAAGUCCUCCAUCGAGAAAGAAGAGCAGCCUACGCAUCCGAUGACCGCUCGAGACCGUUGGAAGCACGCCAGCAAGCUGCUUCGUCAGAAAACCGUCAAUCUGGGCGAACGUCUGGGUAGGCCUUCUGAUGACGACGGCGGCGACCUCGGCGCAGCCAUGCUCCCGGAUGAUCUAGAAAGAGGAUUCGGACCACAGCCGCCUCGUCGGGGAGCAGAAGAAAAGGAUCCCUUCGAACUUCAUAACCGCAACGGAGAUGAGACCCCGCCGCCUCCCAGCGCCGAAGCCCAUAGACUGGUUCGCAGCAUGACUCAGAACCACCUGCGCAACCGCAAGCCCAAGUCUGCCUACGCACGCUCCGGAACCAGCACUCCCGACGAAUCGAGUCGGCCGGACUCCUGGUACGGAGGUGCCACCCCGCCGCGCCCCGGUGCUGGCGGUGGUGGUAUUCUCGCACAGUUGCUGAAGCUCCAUGCCGCGCAGGCGAAAGAUAACAUGUCUGUCACCGAUUCGUCUGACAACGAGUCAGUGGCCUCUUCAGGGACCGCCACCCCGCGCCGGGAUUUUUCCUCGGGGACGGCAACCCCCAAGAAGGAAAAACUGAAAUGGUACAAGAAGUCAAACCACCACUCCACCGCCUCCCUGGUCUCCGCAUCGAUGAACCUCAGUCGGGCCAGUUUACCGGCUUCUGCUGAUACCCUGGUGAUGCUGCCGCAUCCGCCGAAGAAGGGAAAGAAGAAGUCGCGCAAAACUCGGUUGGAGGACGAAAUCCGCGUCACUGUGCAUAUCGCCGAGAUCCUGGCGCGGCAGCGUUACAUCAUGCAGCUGUGCCGGGCACUAAUGCGGUACGGUGCCCCCACUCACCGUCUUGAGGAGUAUAUGCAAAUGACGGCCCGGGUCCUGGAAGUCGAGGGCCAGUUCUUGUAUCUGCCGGGAUGUAUGAUCAUGUCCUUUGACGAUCCGACCACCCGUACAGCGGAGGUCAAGCUGGUCCGAGUCGUGCAGGGGGUGGACUUGGGCCGAUUGGCGGAAACGCACAACGUGUACAAGAACGUCGUCCAUGAUCUCAUCGGUGUGGAAGAGGCCAUUCAAGAACUGGAUUUUAUCAUGAAGCGACCUCCCCGGUUCAACAAGUGGGUCCUCGUGUUGGCCUAUGGGCUGGCCAGUUGUGCGGUCGGUCCGUUCGCCUUCGAAGCCCGCCCGAUCGACAUGCCUAUUAUCUUCUUUCUCGGGAGUUUGGUCGGAUUUAUGCAGCACGUCCUGGCGCCCCGCUCGGUUCUGUACUCCAACGUGUUCGAAGUGACCGCCGCUAUUCUGACCUCCUUCCUCGCCCGCGCCUUUGGCUCCAUCCACCGCGGCAAGAGUGCCGACGGCGAUUACAACUACAUUUUCUGCUUCUCCGCGCUGGCGCAGUCGUCCAUCGCCCUCAUUCUGCCCGGUUUCAUGGUCCUCUGCAGUAGUUUGGAACUGCAGUCCCACCAGAUGAUUGCCGGCUCCAUCCGCAUGGUCUACUCGAUUAUCUACUCGUUAUUUCUCGGCUACGGUAUCACAGUUGGAACGACCAUUUAUGGCUUGAUUGACGGCGCCGCCAGCUCACAGACCACGUGCCCGAACCAAGAUGUGUACGGCAGCAAAUACACGCAGCACUUCGUCUUCGUUCCUAUUUAUGUCAUCUUCCUCGCCAUCAUCAACCAGGGUAAAUGGAAGCAGGUGCCGAUGAUGAUCAUCAUCGCCACUUGCGGCUACGUGACGAACUACUUCAGCACGCUCAAGCUCGGCUCCAGCUCCGAGGUCGCCAACACUGUCGGCGCGUUCACGAUCGGUCUGCUGGGCAAUCUGUAUAGUCGCCUGUGGCACGGUCAUGCCGCCACCGCGAUUCUUCCUGGUAUUUUCGUCCUCGUGCCUUCGGGCCUUGCCUCCUCGGGCUCCCUGCUGUCCGGAAUCGAGUAUGCCGACGAGGUGCGCAACAACCUCAAGAACGGGACCAGUGCCAGCAGCACGACCUCGGACUCAAGUAUCUCCAGUCUUGGUUUCGGUAUGAUCCAGGUGGCCAUCGGCAUUACCGUGGGAUUGUUCGUCUCGGCCCUGAUCGUCUACCCAUUCGGCAAGCGGCGCAGUGGGUUGUUCACUUUCUGAUCGCC